GUUUUGGUUUUUAACCAAACUUUGCCCACUUCUAGUUUUUGGUCCGUUUCAAAAGAAAAAAAAUGUUUCAGAUGCCGUUGGUGUAACUAAAGUGAUGAGUAGGGGUGUAUAUAACAGUUCUCUUAAUUUCCAUGGAAUUUAUUUAUUUAUUUAAAAAUUCAUGAUAUUGGGACUGAAAUGGAGUUUGUGAUUCAUCCUCUUCACAGUGCAAAAGCUCACAAACAGAAUUGAUUUCUUCAUUCCAUUGAAGGCACAACUGAUGCACCAUAGAAACUAGAAAUCUCCGUUUUUAGCGAUUUGAUGGCGGCAACGGGUUUCGGUGGCGCAAUCGCACCGACGCCACUGGUUAGAUCGUGGAGAACCUCCUUCUUGACGCUGAGAGAUGAAACCCUAACGAAUCUUCCUCGCACUUCCACACCUCAAUUGCUCAACAAUCUCAUUUUCUCUCAUUCUCAUACUUUGUUAUGUGCCGCACCGGAACUUCCUUCUCACGAGGUUUUAUCGGACAUUUUGUUUAUGAUGGAAUUGGUUGCAUCUACUUCUUCAGAUCAAGAUGAGUGUAUUCAUAUAUAUACUCAGACAUCACGUUUGAUCCAUGAUAUAUGUCGGCAUGUUAAGUUUGAGAUAAAUAGCUCAUCUUUUAGUAGUGUUCUCGGUUGUUUUCGGAAGAUGCUGGUUCGGUUUCUCGGAAAAAAUGCAACCGGUAAUGAGUUAACUGGAAUUUGGAGAACCACAGCAAUAGUUUCUGCUGUUGAAUGCUUGCAUGCUAUUAGAUGUAUCAUUACUCAAUCGCAUCGAAGAUGGUUGCAGUCUGAAGAUACUAUAUUAGUUAAAUUUCUAGUUGAUGUUAUUGUUAGCUUUCAAGGUGUGUCAUUUUUGAUGCCUCAUUCAGUAUACAAAGAAAGACCAGCUGUGGUUAAUAUGAGUUUUUCCACAGAAAGCAGUUCAAGUGAGCUACAGACAAUAGCUUUUGAGAUGCUCAGCGAAGCAAUCUCAAGAGCUGGGUCAUCCUUCCCCGUUGAUAUCUGGAGAUCAAUGCUUGAGGUAGUCAGAAAAACAAUGGAUGUCAUGGCAUUAAAAACCCCAGUUGUGGAAGAUAAUGCAAUGUCCAGGUUUUAUGAAUCUUUCCUGAGCUGUUUGCAUCUGAUUCUUACUGAUCCUAAAUGUUCAGUAUCUGAUCAUGUCUCAGUUUUUGUUGCUGUGUUGCGAAUGUUCUUAAAUUAUGGACUUUCUGGUAGAACCCCAAUUACUUUGCUUGUUGGGCAUUCCAAGAAGGAUCUUAAUAAUGUAAGUCCUAAGGCUCAUAGGGAGCAACUGAACAAGUCAGAUCAUAGUGUAUAUAGGCCUCCACACUUGCGCAAAAGGGACUGCUCAAAUAUGAAUCCCAAUAGAGCUACGAAUUCUCAAUAUAUCUCUGAUAGUGAAUCUUCUACUAUCAAUGUUACAUCUUCAGAUUCAGAUUUUAGUGAUGGAGAUGGAUCAGCUAAAGAGAGUGCUAGAGGGCAGAACUCUAGGGUUAGAGUUGCUGCUAUAAUUUGCAUACAGGAUCUUUGUCAAGCUGAUUCUAAAUCUUUCUCGAUGCAAUGGUCCUUGCUUUUGCCAACCAGUGACGCACUACAACCAAGGAUGCGGGAUGCAACUUUAAUGUCUUGCCUGCUAUUUGAUCCCUGUUUGAAGGCCCGUAUGGCAUCUGCAUCAACUCUAGUGGCCAUGUUGGAUGGUCCUUCUUCCAGUUUCCUGCAAGUAGCAGAAUACAAAGAAUCUAGCAAAGUUGGAUCUUUCACUGCACUUUCAAGCUCUCUUGGGCAAAUUUUACUCGAAAUUCAUAGAGGUAUUCUUUACUUGAUACAGCAUGAAGCUCAUGGCAAAUUGCUCGCAUUGUUGCUCAAAAUUAUCAGGCUUUUGGUAUUACAUACACCAUAUUCGAGAAUGCCACCAAAUUUGUUGCCUACUGUUAUUACUUCUCUUAGAACAAGGAUUAAAGAAGGGUUUCGGUACAAAAAUGACCAGAAUAAUCUGCUGGAUGCUGCAGUUGGUUGUUUGACAUUAGCUCUGUCUACCUCACCAUCCUCUGCUCAAGUAAGGAAGAUGCUCUAUGAUGAGGUUUCCUCAGGUUAUCUUGAGAAUGAAAAGAAGUCGGGUGUUCUUUCUUUGUUAUUUGAAUAUUCAUCGCAAGGAAGUUGCCCAAGCAUUUGCCUUGAAGCCCUUCAGGCACUUAAAGCUGUAUCCCACAAUUACCCUAGCAUAGUGACUGCAUAUUGGGAACUAGUUUCUGCAACUGUAUAUGGUUUUCUUAGUAGUACUGUUUGUCCCGAAGUUCCUUCAAAGCAGUCAAGUGAACAUGUUGGGGGUACAACUGCACUUAUUAACGAAAAAGUUCUUAUCACUGCUAUUAAGGUUCUAGACGAGUGUCUUCGGGCUGUGUCUGGAUUUCAAGGAACAGAGGAUCUUUCAGAUGAUAAAAUGGUGGAUGUUCCUUUUACAUCCGAUUGCAUUAGGAUGAAGAAAGUUUCAUCUGCUCCAUCUUACGAACUAGAGUGCAAAGAUCAUGAUGUAGUUAACUCUGAAGAAUGUGAAUCUGGAAUUAAGCAAUGGUGCGAGGCAAUGGAGAAGCAUAUGCCUCUUAUCUUAGGUCACUCUUAUGCAAUGGUGAGGGCUGCGUCUGUUACGUGUUUUGCGGGUAUCACUUCUUCUGUGUUCAUCUCUUUCCCAAAGGAGAAGCAGGACUUCAUUUUGUCUUCUUUAGUCCAUGCUGCUGUACAUGAUAAUGCAUCAUCAGUGAGGUCUGCUUCCUGUCGAGCCAUUGGUGUCAUUUCAUGUUUUCCACAAGUGUGUCAGAGUGCAGAGGUACUUGACAAGUUUAUUCAUGCUGUUGAGAUAAACACUAGAGAUGCCCUAAUCUCAGUGAGGAUAACGGCUUCAUGGGCAUUGGCAAAUAUAUGUGAUGCUAUUCGUCACUGUGUUAGAAUUCUUCACUUUGGACAGAUGGAUUCAAACUCCAACCCCCAGUUUAUUGUAUCAUUGAGCGAGUGUGCUUUGCGUCUUACAGAGGAUGGGGAUAAGGUUAAAUCUAAUGCUGUGAGGGCUCUUGGGUAUAUUUCACAAAUCUUCAAUUGUUCAAUGUCAAGAUCUCAAGAAGUGUCUGUGCAAAACCUUAACCAGAGGACUGAGGCCCCUCUCACUAGCGAGAAUCCUUUGACGUGUCAACGGCGUUGCCUAUUGGAUUCCCUUGAAGAUUUUCAUAGGCUGGAAAAAAUAGUUCAGGCAUUUAUUUCCUGCAUUACUACAGGGAAUGUUAAGGUCCAGUGGAAUGUUUGUCAUGCUCUAGGAAAUCUAUUCUUGAAUGAGACAUUAAGGCUGCAGGACAUGGAUUGGGCUCCGGUCGUGUUUGGCAUUCUUCUGCAGCUACUGCAUAAUUCGUCAAAUUUUAAGAUCAGGAUACAAGCUGCUGCAGCAUUGGCUGUGCCUUUGUCAGUUCAAGAUUAUGGACGAUCCUUCCCCGACAUUGUGCGAUCCAUAGAGCAUAUAAUGGAGAAUAUAGAUCAGGACCCAAUUUCUGGGCCUUCGAAUUUCAAGUAUAGGGUUUCAUUACAUAAACAGCUUACCUUGACAAUGUUACAUGUUCUACGCUAUACAUCAAGUACAAAUGAUCAAUUGUUAAAAGAUUUCCUAGUGAAGAAAGCAUCCUUUCUCGAAGAUUGGCUCAAUGGUCUAUGCUCAUCUGUUGGGAGGAUGAUUGAUGUUCCAGAUAAAUCUGUUGCAGACCGAAAGAAAGCAAUGAUAUCCAGCGCAAUACAAUCAUUGAUAGAAGUAUACAAAGAUAAACAACAGUAUGCAAUCAUGCAAAAGUUUGAGGAGUUGAAGAACAACAUAUAAAUGUGAAGUCAUAUAAUGAGAGUGGUUAAUGAUCCUACCAGGCAAAAUUUUACCAUUCUAGAUAGCAAGUGGAAUGAACAGGCCUCUGGAGGUGAACAAAUGUAAUCUGGAGAAUAGAUCAAGUUCAGUCCAGAUAAUUUAUUUGAUAAAGCAAUGUAUAGAGGAUGUAUUAGCUAUAUCAAUGGUAAAAAGAGAUUUCUUUUCUCAACAAGAGGAUGGUAUUGUGUCUAUAUAUAACAUUGUAAUCGUAACAGUUUUCCGGAACAAAUGAAUGGAAAUAUGGAAUGGAAGGAUUAACUACAUCAAUGGUAAAAGAAGAUUGCUUUUCUCAACAGGAGCAUCUUUUUUUUUUUUUUUUGGUUACAACAGGGGCAUCUUAUUGUAUCCAAAUAUUUCUCGUUGUAAUGAUAACAUUAUUUCCGGAACAUUUUAUGUUUUUUUUUUUUAUUAGUUUUGACAAUGUAGAUUAUAUUUGAAGCCAUUAGGUCUAUUGGUGAAGAGUUCAUAUGGUAUGUAUGAAGUCUUAGAUUCAAAUGUCAUUGACUCCAUUGUACACAAAACAUAAGUAAAUUAUUUGUUUCUAUGUUAACAUAUUCUUAUUCUUUUUA